AUGACUUCUCAAAGCGAAGAUGAUGCUGUGAUUAUCGACCGCGACGAUGUCAGCAACUACAAUCCCGAACAUAUUCUCCCCGAGUCUCCCGAGGUUAUUGAGAAACUCAGAGCCUGGCUGAGACCCACUUCAUACGACUUCAAAAGCAGCGAGUACCGCAAGCAUCUUGGUUCGCACAUCCCAGGUACUGGAGACUGGCUGACGGCCAGCCAUUCUUACAAGCAAUGGCUACAGAGCGAAGGUACCGGUCUGCUAUGGGUCAAAGGGAUCCCAGGGUCCGGAAAGUCGGUGUUGGCUUCGAAGAUCAUCAAGGAACUCUCGGGUAACGACAAAGGGAGCCCGGUACUGUACUUCUUCUUUCGACAAAUUAUUGACGCGAAUCAUGAAUCGGCUGCACUUCUCAGAGACUGGCUGGACCAAGUCUUGGCAUACAGCCCGCCACUCCAGAAGCUUCUGAAAGGGUACGUUGUGAAGGAGAAAUAUAGCGACAAAACUCGAUCACUUGCCACCAUGUCGAUGCAAGACCUAUGGGACGACCUUCGACUGGCCUUUUCGGGACUGCCAGGUAAAGUCUACUGCGUCGCUGAUGCUCUCGACGAAAUGGAUCGUGGCAACGAUGUCUUUCUACAGGCAUUGGCCAACCUUGGUAGUCGGUAUCCCUCGAAAGUGAAAGUCCUCAUCACAAGUCGUCCGGUCCCCGCCGUCGAGGGUCCUCUCCGACAUGCCAAAUGCAUUCAAAUUCGUCUUCAAGAGGACGUAGUCGAUGCCGAUAUUUCGACAUUUGUGCGACAAGCACUGAAUGUUUCAGAUAUCUCUGACCAUGAUCGACAACUCAUCCAGGAGGCCAUUCCAGGUCGGGCUAAUGGCCUUUUUCUCUAUGCCAAACUGGCCAUGGACUCGUUCCUCGAGGCAGGGGCCGAUGUGAAGGCAGUUCUCGCCUCUUUACCAGCCGACAUGAACCAGAUGUACACCGACUUGCUCCACGAACACUCCCGCAGAUCAGGAGUCCCCGACGCUGUUCAACGUCUGAUUCUGCAGUGGGUUACUCAUGCGACCCGUCCGCUUAGACUCCUCGAGAUAGCUGAGAUGAUCGACGUUACCUCCAACGACGUUGCUCAUGAUUUGAAGGGCACCAAAGACCUCGUUAGAGCUGCAUGUGGUCCUCUCUUGGAGAUCUUGCCGGACGAAACUGUCUGUGUCAUCCACCAUUCCUUCACAGAAUACCUCAAGGGCACAACCAGAUCAUCAUCUGAUACCGGCUACCCUGUAUUUCGCUGUGGAGACACGCAUGCUUGCCUCGGCUCAGCAUGUCUGGCGUAUCUGCUUUCCGGGGUCUUCGGCGGAAGCAAAGAAGCACGAGACACUCCAAUUGUCAAACUCAAGCUCAAUUAUCCAUUCUUAGCAUAUGCGUUGGAUAAUUGGCAUGUCCAUGUUGCUAGAUCAACAGCCACAGGCCAUGAUCAGACCGACAUCAAUGUGGCACUGGAUAAGCUAAUGCGUGAUCCGGAUUCUCGGGAUAUCUGGAUCAAACUCCAGUGGUUCACAAUCGGUAAUGCUAACUCUGGCAUAACGCCUCUCCACAUCGCUGCAAUGCAUGGGCUCACUGCAUACGCAAAACAUCUUCUUCUGUCUCCCGAGACCGAGAUAGACGCGGUGGACGUUUACGGUAUGACACCCUUAUGGCAGGCUGCUACAAAUGGGAUGGCCGACGUUAUUCAGGUCCUCAUAGACGCUGGUGCAAAUCCCGAUCAUGAUGAGACUAGUAGUGGUCGCAAGCCAUUGCACGAGGCCGCCUCGAAGAACCAUCCAGAGGUUAUCAAAGUCCUCCUGAGCGCUGGAGUCAAUCCCUUGACGGAGAAGACAAGGGAGAACCCGGGGCGUCGGUGCGGAAACGCACCUCGGUCUAUCGGACAUACACCCCUGAUGAAUGGGCACCUGAAAGCCCUGGAGGCAUUUCUGCCUUUUCUCAAAGAUGAAGAACUCCUCCAUCGAGCCCUUGCCUGGUCUGCUGGAUCGGGCCAGCACGAUUUAGUCCAACGGAUUCUCCAACAUCCUGAGGUUGAUAUCAAUCGCAAGGUCCGCGGCGGGACACCUCUAUUCAUGGCAAGCCAGUGCGCUCACAUCAAGACCAUGGAGCUUCUCCUCAAUGAGGGAGCGGACCCAACAAUCCGAUAUAAGCUCAAGAGCCUGCUAGAGUUAUUCAUAGAGAAGGGGGCCAACAUUCACGAUCGAUCUCCUUCUGGUAAUUCUCUACUGCACAUAACAACCGGCAAUCCCGUAUGGCUGAGAAUUCUGCUUGACGCAGGCGUCGAUGUCAAUGUCGUCAAUGACGAUGGCUACACUGCCCUUCACGUGAAGAUGUUGUUGGUUGAGUCUCUGUCUCUUCUCGUCGAAAUUGGUAAGGCCGAAAUCAAUAAGAGGGCCCUUUCUAAUGGGAAAACGCCGCUUCUUAUCUCACUCGAAGACUGCCAUACAGAUACGACCCUCAAGCUCAUCGAGUACGGCGCCGACUGCACCAUCGUUGAUAACAACGGCAAUGGGCCUUUGCACAUUUCCUUGCAAUCCUACAGCGCCGAACCUCAAGUCAUAGAAGCGCUCUUACGCGCUGGCGCAGACUUAAAUUUGAGGAACAAAUCCGGACAAACGCCCAUGGAUGCCAUGUUCUCGCGGAACUCCCGAGCCUUCGAUUUGAUGACCGUCAUGAUUCAAGCCGGCGUGGAUAUCAAUACGAGGGACAAACAUGGCGCAACACUUCUCUUUCAGACUGUCUCAGGACAGGCCUCCAGUUCAGAGAAGGACUUGCAGGAUACGAUCAUGAAGCUUCUGGAACGGGGUGCCUUAUUGAAAACUCGAGACUUUGAGGGGAGGACCCUUCUACACGAGGUAGUCAAGUCACAAAAAGUGCCUCUGGCCUCUUUCGGUCAACAGAACCCUGGUCCUUCCACCUUUGACUUCCUUGUGGGCCUGGGUCUGGACGUUCAUGACACAGACUACUGGGGCAACAAUUUGCUUCAUGAGUUAUGCUGGCGAAUCCAUAUUGACUACAGACCCAAGGACAUGCUCGACAUGCUGAGGAUGCUGCUCAACUUAGGACUUGACGUCAAUCAACCCAAUAAUCGUGGUCGAACACCACUUCAUCGGCUUUGUACCACGACCGAAGGUAGUCACAUCGACAAAGACGAGACCUGCCUUUCACUGGUUAUUUCUCUUACCAAAGACAUUGAUGUUCGCGACAAGGACGGUAUUUCCCCGUUACAUCUAGCCGUAACCGUGUCAGAGUAUCUCACCAAAAAGCUGCUUGAUGCCGGUGCGGACCCUACGAUUGAGACAUACGAAGGAUUGACGCCGCUUCACCUCGCUGCUAGAUGUCGGCAGGGCAACAUUGUUGGCAUGCUUCUUGAUGCUCUCCACAGACGAGAUUUGGACAAACCCCUUGAUAGUCAGAUUAGGCAAGGAGCCUGGCUGAGAGCAACGAGUGCUAGCCCAAUCACUGGGGUCAAUACCACAGCCAACGGAUCCAUAAACGGUUGUGACUGCACACCACUGUACUACGCUGCUCUCUCAGGGAGACCAGAGGUAGUGUCAAUGUUGUUUGACGCUGGAGCCAAUGUCAAGGGAGUGAGUUUACGGCUUGCGGUUACCGGGUUCGAGGAUGAGCUCGAACUAUGGCGUAGGAAAUUACCUCACGACAAGGAGAAUGGGGCGUGUGGGGGUCUUACGAAGGAAGAUGCCACACGUCCAUAUCCGGGCGGUGGGCGCAACGGCAGGGAUAAACUCGAUUCCCUCGAGGACACGGCAAGACUCGAAGAGAUUAUAGAGAUGGUCUUGGAACACGGCGCUGAUCUGACCAAGCAAAACCUCUGGGGCACGAUUGACACAGCAUAUGGGUCUCUAACCGAUACCACCAUUUCUGGCUGUCGAGACUACGCGUUAAAGUGUCUAUCAGGUGCAGCCAAGAAGCAAUCCUUAAAGAGCUCGCAAGCAGCAGCACAGCUUGGCCAGGGACUACCUAACUUUGACGAGAAGCUCAUCCCUCACCGACUGGACGCCACAUGCAAGGCACUCCGUGAGCCUGGAGUCAUUGUGCCAGGCAAAGCAAAUGAGACUUUGUUCAUCACGCGACUAAGACGUCGCGAGUACGAUGCCAUUGAAGAGUUGUUCAAUUUGGGCGUGGACUUCCUGGCUCCUCACCAGAUCAGUGGGCUUACCAACUUGGGGGCCCUUGUCAGAGGAGGUUAUACUUCUCUUGUCAACCGCAUUGGCUUGCUCAUGUCUCAAGCGCAGGUCGAAGACGGUACUUGGCACCCUCCGGCUGACGGAAAACAACCUGGAUUUGGCCACAAUAAGACACGGGCCCACGACGUGUCAAACCACAAUGGCAUUGAAUAUCGCCAAGCAUUCCUGUUGCAGGCAGUCCACCAGGAGGUUCCCGUGUUCGACAUGGUCCGUCUCCUCGUAGAGACCUUUGGGGUUGACAUCAAUGAAGAUAGAGCUCUUCACUGGCUUGCCAAAGGCUAUCACUGGUGGCAUGCGGCUCAAGCUUUACCGUUCCUAAUCAGUAGGGGUGCAGGGCUCGAAACUAGAAACUCAAGAGGGCAGACGCCACUUCAUAUGGCCUUGGGCACGGAAGAUGGCGUCGGAUUAUUCCACAUGGACGCAGCUUAUCAGUUGAUCCUGGGUGGAGCAGAUGUUAACGCUGUGGACAUGGCUGGACGAAGCUGUCUUUCCUAUGCAGGACAUAAUGUCGACCUGACUCGUGUUUUGGUAAAGCACGGCGCGAUAGUUCACGCAGAUGCGAUCUUUGGUGCUAUCAACGAGAUGCAACCAGGAGUGCUCGAUGCUCUCUUGUCUACCGGGGGUAAUGCCAACAUUCGGAUCGAGAAGGACGACAAAGAACCCUGGAAAUCCGGGAACCGUCGGUGGGACCUGAGCAGGCUUCCAGACGCUGAGUGGUACCCCUUGCAUCGCGUUGCGGCGAAGUCUGGUAUCAACACUUACGACCAGAAGGAGAGAGCCAAGCUUCACUCAGCGGCUCUUAGCUUGAUCGAGGUCCUCUUGUCCCAUGGAGCCGACCCGCUCUCUACUUUCUCGAGAUGCUCUGGGGAAGACUGCUCCCAUCAAAAGAUUUACUCCCGGCGGCAAGCUAAAAGGUUGUAUAUGUUUGACGAAAGGCCCGAUGGUUUUGACGCUGUGGGUGACCCAGACUACUCUUUCGAGCCGCACCUACAUGAGGACUGUGUCGUUCUACACCAGCUUCUAGCUGAUGGACACAUCGUGCAUCCCUUCUUGAAGCUGCCGGCGAUCGACGCAAAUCAUCGUGAUGGCAGUGGUCGAACUCUUCUCCAUGCUGCUUGCUCCUCUAUACGGGGUCCCGAUGUGCCCUUGGGCUUAUUACCAGGAGAUUCAUGGGAUCCCCAGACAUCGAAAGAGAUAUCGCUCUUCGAUCAUCUUGUCUCCCUCGGUGUGGACGUAGAAGCACGAGACAGCCAGAGGCAAAACAUACUUCACCACAUGCUGAGGCCCCCUUCAAAGCGAAUCUAUCAGACACCAAUCAUCGAAAAGUCACUCACUUACACGAUAGAGAAGCACCCAUUAGUUAUCGAUCAAAGAGACAAUGAGGGGAAGACGCCGCUGUACCUAGCCAUCCACCGAGCUCUUUACGAAAAGAAGACGACCGCCGCCGACGCACUUCUUAGAGCCGGGGCGAACCCCCUCAUUGCAGACAACGAAGGUAACACCGUCCUGCACGUUCUCUCUCGCAUGCUCUGGGUCUCCUCUAUGCGACUGCUGUUCAACGCGCUCGUCGAGCGCGGAUGCGACGUCAACGCUCGCAAUUCCAAGGGCGAGACGGCUCUGUUCUGGUACUACGCGGGAAUUGAGCACAAGCAGUAUGAGGUCUACACGCACAAUCGUGACCCGCAGUUCUACGACGAAGAGGGCGGGAUUGGAGCGUUCGAGGCGGCGGGCGCGGACUUCGGGGCUCUAGAUGAUGACGGACGGAGCUUGUUACACGUUGCGGCGGAGGGCCACGUUAUACGAUUCAAGACUCUAACGGCGAAGGGUUUGGAUCCUUUAUUGGAGGAUAAGAGCAGGAAGACGGCGGUCGAUGUCGCGGCUGCGUGUGGGAACAAGGGGGUGUUGAAGCUGUUCAGGCGGGUCGACGCUGUGGAUGAUUCGGACGACGACGACGACGAUGAUGAGUCGCUUGAUCUGAACGAUGUUUUCUGGGCUCGUUAA